AUGCACUCGUUGUUGUGGGUGGUGGUCAUGGCCGCGCUGUUGGCGCUGGCGGCGGCGCGCACCGAUCAGGACUUCGAGUUUGACGACGACUCGGAUGCAACAGCCACUGCAGCGACAGCGGAUGGCGGUGGCGGCGUCGGCGGCGCGGGCCACGCGCGACGUCCGCGGCGAUAUGUGUACGAUCCACAUAACGCGCUAUGUCGUUCGCUCGUGUGCAAAAAACGCGAGGUGUGCGUGUUGCGAGACGCCUUCACUGCGCUCUGCGCCACCAAGAAGGACAUCCUCCGAAAGGGCGACAUCAUAGUGGCGGCGGGUGCGGUCGGCGGCGCCUGGGACGGUGCGGAGGGCGAGUGGGAACGGACGGACGCGGAGGACGACGACGUGUUCUACGACGGAGGUGCGCGGGAGGCCGAGGGCUGCGUGGGCUGCCCGGCGCGGGCGCGCGCGCAGUUCCUGUGCGGCUCCGACAACCGCACGUACUCGUCGCUGUGCCGCCUCGACCUGCACAACUGCGUGCGGCGCGGCGCGCGGCCGGUGCGUCUGGCGUGUCGCGGCUUCUGUCCCUGCCCGCGCCGCGCGCACCGCCGCCCGGCCUGGCGCCGCCGCCGCCCCGACAGCGCCAUCAACGAGGUGCUGCCCCGCCGCCGCCCCGCCCCGGGUUCUGAAGGUUGUGCCCUCGACAAGAUGGCGAAUCGCUUGCUCGAUUGGUUUUCAGUGUUGAUGGAUGAGGCAGGAGCGACGGCCCCGCCCGUUGACGGGUUUCCGAGCGACUGCAAGCCGGAGGUGCGCUGGAUGUUCGCGCACCUGGACACGGACGGCGACGGGUUCCUGUCGGCGGCCAACCUGUACGCGCUGCGGCACGACGAGCGCGAGCGCUGCCUGCGGCCCUUCCUGGCGUCGUGCGGCGGCGGCCACGUGUCGCGCGGCGGCUGGUGCGCGUGCCUGCGGCGCGCGGCGCGGCCCUGCACGGCGCUGGCGCGCGCGCACCACGCGGCCGCGCGCGCCGGCGCCUACGCGCCCGCCUGCGACGCGCGCGGCUUCUACCGCCCGCGCCAGUGCCACGCCGCGCUCGGCGUGUGCUGGUGCGUGGACGCGCACGGCGUCGAGCUGCCCGGCUCGCGCACCAAGGGCGCGCCCGCCUGUCCCGGUGACAAGGCAUCGCGGCGAACGGAAACUGCCGAAGUGUCCGAGGGAGGGGAGGGGGCCGAGGACGUGGAGGCGGAGGGCGCGCCGGCCGACGACGAGGACGGCGCCGGCAGCGGUGACGCUGAGCUGCACUUCUAG